ACCACGUCCACUUCCGGUAAAUAAAAAGUUCACUACGUUUACAGGUAACAAUGUAAUAAUUAAAGAAUACAUCAAGAUUGAUUAUAUCCCAUAAUACACCAGUGAGGACAUCUGGUGAUCAAAAUGGCGGAGAAGGAUGACGGAGGGAAAGGUGGCGCCUCUAAAUUGGACAGCCUCCCCAGAGAGGACUUGGUGAAGUUUGUUAAGAAGCAGACUGUUAUGUUACAGAAGACUAAACAGAAAUGUGAUGAGUUGACAAAAAAAGUCGCUGAACUCGAAUGUAAGCCAGAAACAUCUGAUGGGGACAGUGAAGCUAAAAUAAAGGAGUUAAACGAUGAACUGGAAGAGCUGAGAUCAGAGAGAGAAGGAAUGUUACAAGCCUAUAAUGCCACACAAGAGGCACAGGAAAAAACUGUUGAACAGAUUAAGGUUUACGAAGAUAAUGCAAGUAAACUUAUUGAAGAGAAGGAAGAGUUGAUGAAGAAUCUACAAGCAAAGGAGAGGAGAAAUAAGGAGCUGGAAGAACAGGUUGAAUGUAUGCAGAUGAAAGAUGCUACCAUGACAACCACAUUGCAGUGUAUGCAAGACGAACAGACAAAGUCUGAUGCAGAAAACAAGAAGUUUGAUGACAUACAAUACGAAAAUAUGAGUUUGAAGGAUGAGAUCAAAGUUCUGACUGAGGCCAGGGAUAAACUAAUGAAAGCUCUUAAGACUAUGAAAGUUAAACAUCAACAACAACAAGAACAGUUACAACAAAAGCCAGAACAACAACAACAACAACAAGAUGACUCAGGCUUAGAAGAGAUGAAACUAAAACUUGAGAGCUCUGCAACUCAGAUACAGGAGUUGACUGACCUUAAGCAAGAACUUGAGGUUAAAUACAACCAGGCAACCAAUGACCUUGAAAUCUCCAUCCAAUCAAAAGAGAGUAUCACCAAACAGCUUGAAGAACUCAACCAAUCAGUAGAGAGUCUGAAAUCUGAAAAAGAGGCUGUUCAAUCAGAUUUGACAGCAAAACUUAAUGACUUUGAAAAUCUGGAAAGUACACUAGAAAAGGUUAAAAAGGAAAAAUCUCAAAUGAGUAAAGAUUUUGAUGUUUUUAGAAAAUCGAGUGCAAGUUUUAAAUCAAAACUGAGUGAUGUGAAUAAACUACUAGAGGAUAUGAGGCUAGAACGGGAUGAAUUGAAAAAUAUGAGAGACCAAUUAUCGGAAGAAAAUACAAAAUUGAAAGACUUUUCACAACAUCGUCAAGAAGACAUAUCCGCUUUGAGAGAAAACAUUUCUCACAAGGACAAUGAAAAUGAAGCUCUUAAACUUGAACUCAAUUCCAUCAAAGAAGAAAAACAACAUUUAAAUUCAGAAAGUGAAGCCCUCAAAGUUGAACUUGAUUCCAUCAAAGCAGAAAAGGAACAUCUGAAUGUGCAACUGCAAAAAUCUCAGUCUGGUGAUGCUGAUAAAAAUGAACA